UGACAACAAUACAGUUGCAAGAAUGAUGUCUCUCAGUCCAUCCACUUUCGAAACCAUAGUUCCCUCCCGCUACGUCACCUUCAUACUCCCCGAUAGCCACCACCUCCAUAUCGCCGUCCUCGAUUCCCCCGCCUCCUCCGCCGCCGGUGCCUUUACCGCCGCCAUGUGGAUCCCACCAGGCCGUGAAUCCGACUGGAUUUUUUCCACUUUCUCCGGCCACCUCCAGCUCCUCCUAUCUUCCCCCACCACCGAACCUCUCUCCCGCCUUAUCUUAGUUGGGAAUUCCCCGUCCCACCCGCAGCCCACUUCCUAUAAUUCCACACUCCACCCCUCCUAUUCAACAGCCCUCCAACAAAAUCUGGCGCCUUUGCUAUCAGCCCUAACCCCCAAAUCAGCAUUUCUUGGUGAUGGUGAAAGGCCAGAAGUGCCCUUGUUGAGUUAUGAAGAUGAGGUGGUUAAAAGUUCAGUCUUGGAGGUUUGUCAGGGGCCUUGUGUUGGUGAAAUGUUGAUAGAAAACGUUGAGUUGGAGAAUGAUGGCUUUAAGGAGUUUAGGAGGAGGUUGAGGUUCAAGAGAAUGCCGAAUUUCGUGCAGUCCCAGAUCAGGAUUCGCCCAAAAGACGAAUCUUGCUUGGAAAAUUUGGAUACUAUGGAGUUUGAAUUGGAUAAGGGAGUGUUGGUUCAACCAUAUUUGAGUCCGAUGGUUGCUGGCAUAUCAGUGAUUAGUCAGUUCUUGGAGGGGCAAUUGUGGGACGGGUUUAGGCCGAAAGCUUUGUGUUUGGGCGUCGGCGGAGGGGCUUUGCUUGGAUUCUUGAGGGCUUAUUUGGAUUUUGAAGUUGUGGGAGUGGAAGAAGAUGAGGUUGUGUUGGAAGUCGCCAAGAGAUACUUUGGGCUGGGAAGUGAUGAGUUAAUUCAUCUCUUUGCUGAAGAUGGGUUUAAGUAUGUUAAAAAGCUUGCAAAGAUUGAAAGUGAGACGAGUAGGUUUCAUGUUGUUAUGGUUGAUUUGGAUUCAAAUGAUCCAACAAUGGGUGUUUGUGCACCACCAAAGGAGUUUCUUAGGAAGUCUGUUCUUCUAGCAGCAAGAGCUGUUCUUCAUGAGGAGGGAGUUCUCAUUAUUAAUGCAAUUCCUUCUAGCAAGUUAUAUUAUGAAAGGUUGAUUAGCAAGUUUCAAGAUGCUUUUGAGGAGUUGUAUGAGAUUGAUGUUGGAAAUGGGGAGAAUUUUGUUCUUAUUGCAACAAAAUCAAAAACUGAAAAUGCUUUAGACUCCAAUGAGGGUGCCUUUCUGAGUAAGUUGAAAUUGACUGUUUCAAGAUCUUAUAUAGAUUCCAUAAGAAAAAUCCCAAAGAAUGUUGAUCCUGCAUUCGACAAAUAGCAUCUUGAAGCAUCGAAUGACGCUUGGCUGAGUGAGUUCCCAAACUUUUGUUAAGCUGAGAUGAGGCAAAGAGCUUGCCUUGAGUGAAACACAAUGCAGUGGUUGUUUUCACAUGUUGAGUUGUUGAACCUGCGAAAGCAAAUAUGGGCAGAGAAGACAGUAUUGUUUGGUGAGAAUUAAUUGCUAGAAAUUUAAGUUCUCUGGUAUGCUCAAGAUAUUCUAAAGUAUCCUAUCAAACUUGCCAUCAAUGGACCUAAUAACGCACUAUAUGAAGCGCACAGAUGAAUAAUGAAUGCAGGAUAUUAUAGGAUACAGGCACAGCAACCAACAACGGAAUGUUUUGUUUUUGUACUAGAUUCCAGCACUUGAAAAAGGUGUGGGAGAUAUCCAGGGUUCAACUCUUAAUAGCUGAUGCGUGAAAGAACAACAACAGAGACAAACAAACCAAGAAUUGCUUAUUGAAGAUUGCGAAUAUGAGUCCACAUGCUUGUUUUGCAGAGAGGGCUCUAUGAAGUGCGGCAAGAGCUUUUAUGCCUUUACCAAAUGUUCUGUAAGGACACCGAGAGCAUACAAGUUUGAGUUGUGAUCUAAUACAAGGGGGGAAGAUGGAUGAACCAAGUUGAUGCAAGUUUUCUGCAAGACUUCUCCAACUUGAGCUUUGGCUACUCAUUCUGAUCGAUGGUACCAUCCUCUUUUAACUUAAAAUAUUAACUGUUGUCACUCUUAGGAGCAACAGAAACGGCACUCCCCUCUACAUCCCGUGCAGGUUAUUGUUUGGUAACAUUAGUUUCGUCUUUCUGAUAGUUUUUGGUGAUUUUUGUUUUAUUUAUGACGAAUGGAAUGA